UGUUGUAAUUUUUUAUUUUUUUAGAAAAUAACAUUUAUAUUGUGUUAUACUAAUAGAAAAUACUUUGUUUUGUUGUUCUAUCAAAGGAAUGUCAACUUGGGGUGUAGACCUCUGGGAUAACAGAGACAAUAUCGAGAAGCACACUCUAAAUGGUAUUGAGUUUUUGGAUAAAUGCUCUGGUUUUAUAAAGGAUAGAAUUCGAAUUGAGCAAGAAUAUGCCAAAAAUCUCAGGAGACUUGUAAAGCAAUAUCAGUUUCGUAAAAAAGAAGAGCUUCCGUUUACAUACCAGGAGUCAUUUAAAGGUUUUCUCAAUGAAACAGAUGAUUUUGCAGGGCAAAGAGAAGUCAUAGCUGAAAAUAUGCAAGAAAAUGUUCUUAAUAAAAUGCAAAAAUUAGCAUCUGACUUGAAAGCUGACAGGAAAAAGGCUAUUUCAACGUUAAACGAUCAUAAAGCUAAUCUUGACCAGCUCCAAAAAGCGAUGCUAGUUGCCAAAAAGAAAUAUGAGCAGGCUAGUGAAGAUGCCAAUAAUGCAUUGAAAUCUUAUGAAACAGCAUCUCAAAGCCUUGAUUUAACUAAAGCACAAAUUUUAAAGUUUCAAAAAGUUUCUCAAGACAAAGGUCAUUUAGCUGAAAAAGCUUCUGAUGAAUAUAAACUUGCUACUGAUAACUUUAACAAAGCUCAAACUUUAUUUUAUGAAGGUGAUCUUCCUAAAACAAUAAAUAAUGAAUUACAAAAACCUGAAGAAACAAGAAUUGAAAUGCUAAAAAAUUUUUUCAUUGAAGUAUCAAAUAUUCAACAAAAAGUUCAACCAAUAAUUUCUCGAUGUUUGGAAGGUAUGGUAAAGGCUGCAGAAAUUUGUAAUCCUGCAAAGGACUCAUUAACAUUAAUUGAUAUGCAUAAAACAGGAAAUUCUGUUCCUGGCAAUGUAGCCUUUGAAGAAUGGGGUAAACCAAAUGCAUCAUCACAACCAACUCCGACUCCAAUUGCAAAAACGCGUCAAAAAACAACAAAGUCUUCUGUUUUUGCAAUGAGCAGUAAAAAGAAAGAUGUAGUGGUUAAUGAAAAUGUUGCAAACGAUUAUUCUGAUCUUCCUCCUGCACAGCGAAAAAAGAAAUUUAACAAGGCAAUAUCAACCUUAAAUGAUCAGAUUGAACAACUAGAAAAAGCCAGAGCUGGUAUGAUUAAAAUUGCUGACACCAGCAAGCAGUUCGGAGGAGACAUGGCAUCAAUUCAUGGACAAAUUGAAUCAAACACAAAAGAAACUGAAAAGCUUAAGAAUCUGCUUCAUCAAUAUAAUUGUUAUUUGUCUGCAAUGGAUUCUUCGGAUCCUAAAAAUAACAGUCGCAGAUCGUCAGUUGAUGAUUUACCUCCCCCACCUGUUGAUAAACAAGCUGAUCUUUCAGACCGUCAACUAUCACCUGGAUUUACUGGAGAUUUUGACGAUGAAAUGAGAUGUACUGUUAUAUACGACUUUAGUGGUAACAACGAAGGAGAAUUAACAGUGUACGCCGGUGAAGAACUAAUUGUUAUAGAAGAGGAUGAUGGCAGUGGUUGGACGCGUGUAAUGAGGGGACAAGAAGAAGGUUACAUACCAACUUCAUAUGUUCAAAAUAUAUAAUUUUGCAAAAUUCUAAAAGCCACCGGAUAAUGGGUUUUAAAAGUGUAUAUUUUCAACAUGUAUAUUAUAUAUUGGAGUGUUUAGUGAAGCUUUUCGUGUAAUCAGAAUUGCAUUUAUCAAAUUACUGUGAGAGUAUGUUGCACAUUUUUUUUACCAAAUUCAAGCCAUCUAUGGUAAACGCAUUAAUUCUUUAUAUAGAUAUUUUGUUUAUUUUUUAGUUUUUUAAAAAAAAAAUAUUUACUUUUAAUACUUUUUAUGCACUUACUAAUAUUUUUGACAGCUAUGAAAUUACGGUCAUCAUUUUUUGAUUUCCUUUAUUUUUUAAUAACUUAUAUUUAGUAGCAUAUACGCUGACUUAAAAUAUAUUUUAUCGGUUCCUUAAAAUCAAUAUAUUUUUUCAUUUGUGAAACACGCACAGAUAAAUACACUAAUAAAAUGUUUAUAAAAGACUAAUUCUGCCCUCCUUUUCUAUUAGGGAAGUGGGAGUUUUUGUCACAUCUCAGUAUAUAUGUAAAGUCGCCUUAGAAUAAGUGUCGUUGUAAAAUACUUUUAAGCAAAGUGAAUAUAUCGUUUAAUUGAUUUGUCUAACAAAAGUUUAAAAAAUUGUAUAAGGUUAAACAGUUAUUACCUUUGAUUAAUUUGCUUUGUUUAGAUUCACAUAAAAGUAAUUUGUUUCUUAAAGUAUCUUAUUUUUUAUAAGCUGCACUAUUUGCAAAAGUAUGCUAAACCACUAAUAUUCUCAAGCGACGAUAUAAGUUUGUGCGUGUAGGCUUAUGUAUAUUUUAUGUACAGGUGAACAAUCUAUGCUUUUUAUUUAUGCUAGCGCCAAUUAAAAAUAUUGAAAUGAGCUGCGCCUUUAGGAUGUAAUAUUUUUUUAUUGAUUUUAUUUUUAUAAAAGCUUAGUUUUGUUUUUCAUGAAUUGCGAGAAAAGAUAUUAACACUAAA